CGACGACGACGACAACGGCGACGACGCCACUGCAAGAACCGGAGCGAUUGCUAUCGAUCAUACCCAUCAUCGCCUUCGCCGUUAGAGUGAUAGAGGGGGAUGGGAAAAUUUUUGCUUCAAUAGAAACUACAGACAGAGGGAGCGCGCGUACGCGCUGGAUGGACUAAAAACCAUUUUUUGAAAAGGCGCAUGAUAGGAAGGAGUAAGUGCGCCAAGACGUAACCGUUGAGUGCGCGCGCGAAGCCCAGCCGGAGAUCAGCAUCUCAAUAUUUGGACCCAGCAUUGCGUCAGUGGAAUCGGAGUCGGUCGGUCACGUGUGCAAAAUACGGUGAUUAACGAUUACUGCGGCGAACGAAUUUUCAGUUGUCGUCGUGGGACUGAAGAGUUAAUGAAGUGCCGAAACCCUCCCAAAGGAUAUAAAGAAGUGAAAAUUACAGAUUGUGUUAUUUCGAAUCAGGUGAAAAUAUGUUCUCAUAGUUAAGUUGGUGAAUCAAAAAUAUAUUCUGUUGAAUAGUUUGUGUCGAUGAAUUUUGUGCAAAAAUCGAAGAAUUGAAAAUGUCGGCAACAAUGGCCAGUAGUUGCCAGCUCUUGAGUGGUAAUUCCGUUAAGGAUUUGAACGGUACUAGCAAGGGCCGUGGAAAAGGAGUGUCCGUCAUAAACGAUGCAAACAAUAAUGAAACGGUCCUGGGGGACGAUCAUACCAUCUCCGAGAAGGAUGUCAACGCCUAUCUGCAGCACUACAACAAGUGGAAGCAGUCAGUGUUGGGUCACCGGUUGACGGCGAUCCUGCGAGAUUAUUUUGGUUACGAGUUCGAUGCAGAGAUCAAGUGGAACAAUGUAUUCAUGAUUGGUCUGUUCCACUUGAUUGCGAUCGUUUCCUUCACCCAAUUGGUUUUGGUGGCGACGCCGAUUUCAUAUCUAUGGGGUUUCUUCGUUGGGGGAUGCGCCGGAUUCGGCGUUACAGGCGGUGUCCACAGGUUGUGGUGCCAUAAAGCCUACAAAGCCAAGCUCCCGUUGCGAAUUAUUCUAAUGUGUUGCUACUCGAUCGCCGGUCAGAACACCAUCUACGAUUGGGUACGCGAUCAUCGUAUCCAUCAUAAGUACUCGGAGACGGACGGCGAUCCACACAACUCCAACCGCGGUUUCCUCUACGCACACGUCGGAUGGCUUAUGCUGCGGAAGCACCCUGAAUGCAUCAAAAAGGGCCGACUCAUCGACAUGAGUGACAUCACCAGCGAUCCGGUAGUCCAGUUCCAUCACAAGCAUUUUGUCCUGAUGAAGAUCCUGUUCUGCUUCGUGCUGCCAACCUUCAUCCCGUGGUACUUUUUCGGCGAAACAUUCUCGAUGGCCUUUUUCAGCCAGUGCUUCGUCCGAUACGUGCUCAGCUUGAACUUCACAUGGCUAGUCAAUAGCGCCGCGCACAUUUACGGCAAUCGGCCCUACGAUCAGCGCAUCCGACCGGUGGAAAACAAGGCCGUUUCCAUUGUGGCGAUGGGCGAAGGGUGGCACAACUAUCAUCACGUGUUUCCAUGGGACUACAAGGCAGCCGAGCUGGGCGCUUAUUCCGUUAAUGUGACCACCUUCUGGUUGGACAUGUUUGCCAAAAUCGGAUGGGCGUACGAUUUGAAGGAACCAUCAAAGGAACUGGUCCGCAGGACGAUUGAAAAAUAUGGCGACGGAACGCAUCUGACGAUUUCGAUUAGUGACCACGUCGAAGUGCCUGAUCCAGAGGAAUCCAAGUCGCAGAAGUCGCAGUAAUCAGUAAGGGAGAAGGAAGGAAGAAAGGAAGGAGCAUCUCCUGCCUUCAAGUCUUGAAUGUGAUCGACCGAUCGACGAUGUUUUCAGUUCUUGGGGUCGGCUAUGCUGUACCAAAUUUCAUAUGAAGCAGGAUGGAAUCACUGAGAAGGGUCUCGUCGAAUACAAAUCUUAUUUAACUUAAACUGUAUAGUACUUUUCUACGUUAUUAAAUAAUGAAAAUAUCUUA